AACUUUACAAGAAGAAGAAGAAGAAAUGACAACAACAUGGUGGUUCGCUGUGUAUUUGGUUGCGCUCUUCCUCAUGUUCUCUUUUCUAUCCCUAAACGACCCACUUUGCGUUCCCGCUGGCUCGAAUUCCUUCAUUUUGAAGAAGGAGGAAUAAAUGAUUAUUCGCGUGUGUGCGCAAGGCAUUUUACAAAAGACUGCUUCACGAAUUUGAGACAAUAUGAGAUGGGCAGCGCCAGCUGUCUGGAUCUGACAGACACUGCUGUGCCAUCUCUGUACACGGUUGGAGUGUCAAUCAAUGUGAAGCCACUUACACGAGACGUGGCAUGCCAGUGUUCCGUCACAUCUGUGAGGAGCGCUGGAGCGCAAGCUGCCAUCCCACAUCCAAAGACUAAACGACGGAGUAAAGCGAUUCAAGUCAAACUUUUUGGCUCGUCUGUGUCCUGCUCUACGAGGGAUUUUGGCUCCAUCUUCAAUGCUCCGUUUCUGACAUCUGCUCCAACUAAAAGGUCACGUUUGGAUGAUAGCGCGGAUGAGAUCAACAACACUUCGUUGAGUACACUAAGGGAAUCAACAACGUGUGAUUCUACAUAUAAGUCUCAUGUGACUACAAAGAGGACAAUCAAAAGAGAGGUUUGCCAACCGCUCUACUGUACGCCUUGAGCUUGGGUGACAACAUGGUUGUGGACAUACAGUUAGUGCAGGUAAAUAAAACUAUUACCUCAUUAUUAUCAUUUUUCAGGAUUGAUAUAAAAUAAUUCAUUGUGACAGAGUUAUGAGGUGGGUGCUAGCUCUCGGAUGGGACUAGAAGGAUUCAAGAGGAGCAUCAACAUCUUCAAAUCUGCAGGGAUGAAGAUUGGUGCACUUGUCACUGAUCGCCACCCUUCAUUUCAAAAGUACAGGUAUCCAGUAUUAUUAUGUCACAUGAUGGCAUGUUUCAAAAGGUAUGUCCUUUUUAACAUGAUACAAAAACAGGAGAAGCAUCUGUAUAUAUAAUAUUUGUGUGAAAAUCAGACAAGCAGAUGAAAUUGAAACAAAUGUUUUCUUAUUUGAAAGGAAAUUUAUCUGACACAAUCAAGAGCAUCUUCUGGUGUUUUCAUCCAGAGAUUUUUUUAUAUGUGAACAGAGCUUAUGAAUGAUUUAUCUGCACACAUCAGUUUUCUUGUUUGUGUACUGUAAUCCUUUAUAAGUAAUAGUGACAUGCCAUGCAAAUUGUUCACAGGUGUAUCAUUUACUACAUAUUUUAGAUUACCAUUGGAGAUGGUGGUCUAGUGGGUUAAACCACUGAACUGAUAAAUCAAAAAGGUUGCUGGUUCGAUCCCAGCAGCCACCACCAGUGUGUCCUUGAGCAAGACACUUUACUCCAUGUUGCUCCAGGGGGAUUGUCCCUGUAAUAAGUGCACUGUAUGUCGCUUUGGAUAAAAGCGUCUGCCAAAUGACUAAAUGUAAAAUGUAAAUGUACUGUGAUCCUAAAGUGUCACAUUAAGAUGUUGUGCCAUUGAUUUCCUAUCAGCGUGCCCACAGGUGCCAAUAGGUGGCUGACCCCUGGUGUAGCUUAUACACACAUCAUGAUGUAUAUAUUUAUAAACAAAACUGUAUUAUUUUAAUGUAUAUUACUGAAGCUAUUACUAUUAAUAGUUGAAUUGCGCUGUGACUGUCAUACAAUAUGAAAAUAAAAAUUUGGUUAAUUAUGUGAA